AUGUCAUCAACAGACAAGAAUUCUUCACAGUUUGAAAUCAGUUAUGAGACUUCAGCCGAGGAGGCUAUGACAGCCACUCCGGCGAAAAAGCAUGCAAGUGGAAUUCUCAACCCGGAGAACGAUGGCUGGGGGAAACUAGCCAACAACGCGAGGCGGUGGCUAUUUAGCUUGCGACCUAAUUUAAGUCGACGGUUGCCAGCCCACUUACUUGAGACCCGACGGUCUGAGGCCAGUGAGGAGUCAGGACGGUCCCACUGCUCGUGA